CCUGCGGGAUACGAGUAAUCAUUCCUUCAUCAAAUAAAAAAUUAAAAAUGUACGUAGCUGUUAGAAAUGCGUGCGUUAACUGCGAAACCUUACACUUUCGAUAUAAUUUACAAAUAUAAAGUUACUAAAACGAAAUAAAUCAAUGAAUAGUGUGGUUCCUUCACAAGAUGUAGGUAUACGUGGCAGUUAGUGUUUCCGUGACGUACAUGCGGUAGUGUUUUUAUUUGUUGAGUGACGAGUGUUAAGGGGUCUAAGGAGAAAGCUGUCUGCGGAGGUCGGCUGGUGGAUGGCAGGCAGCGUUGCACCUCGCACUCCUCAGUGCCCACGCGACGGUGAAAGGGACCAUGUCGACUCGCGCGUACGUAGCGCGAUCAAGAACUAUGACCAGUUUGCGAGUACUCCUUGUUUGUGUGCUUUUAAUCAACGGUACACAUCAACAGAAAGAUAAGGAGGAAGAGCAGUUUGUUUGUCCCGAAGGAACACAGGGUAAUGGGAAUUUCGCCGACCCAGCCACCUGCAGACGUUUUUAUCAAUGUGUCGACGGGUACCCGUAUUUAAACAGAUGUCCUUCAGGAUUAUAUUUUGAUGACAUCAGCAAAUACUGCACCUUCAAAGCAGAAGCGAGGUGUGGACCCAUACCAACUACACCGGCGCCUAUAACAGAAGUACCGCUCGAUUUAGCUACAAAGUGCGAGCCUGCGGAAUGCCAAUUACCGUACUGCUUCUGUUCCAAAGAUGGUACAUUGAUUCCUGGCGGCCUCGACCCUGCAGAAACACCUCAAAUGAUAAUGUUGACUUUCGAUGGAGCCGUAAAUUUGAACAACUUCGACAAGUACAAGAAAGUCUUCAAAGGAAAGAUUAACAAUCCAAACGGAUGUCCUAUAAAGGGGACAUUCUUCUUGUCUCAUGAAUACAGUAACUACGUGAUGGUACAAGCUCUCGCACACGAUGGACAUGAGAUAGCAACAGGUACAGUUUCGCAACAGCAAGGCUUGCAAGACAAAGGGUACGAGGAAUGGGCCGGUGAGAUGAUCGGCAUGCGAGAGAUCCUUAAGAAGUUUGCGAACAUAUCGCGGUCGGAGAUCGUGGGAGCCCGAGCACCGUUUCUGAAGCCUGGCAGGAAUACGCAGUUCAAAGUGUUAGAAGACUUCGGAUACAUCUACGACAGUUCAGUGGGCGUGCCUCCUUUGCCGAUUCCGGUGUGGCCUUACACGCUCGACUACAAGAUCGCCCACGAGUGCAAGUCCGGAACAUGCCCCACUAAAUCGUUCCCGGGACUUUGGGAGAUACCAUUCAAUGCUCACUACGUGGAAUCAUUCGAGGGAGGUCAUUGUCCUUACUUGGACCAAUGCGUUCUACAUAAUCACGAUGCUAACGAGGUAUUCGAAUGGUUACAAGAAGACUUCAGUCGUUAUUACGAGCAGAACAGAGCCCCAUACAUGAUGCCGCUUCACACCAAUUGGUUCCAAAUCAAAGAACUUGAGCUUGGUCUACAUAAGUUCUUGAAAUGGGCGGCAGAUCUGGAAGACGUAUGGUUUGUAACAAUGACACAAAGUUUAACAUGGAUGACGGAUCCACGACCAGUGAAGGCGCUCAACAACUACGAAGCGUGGCGUUGUGACAACAAAGAGCUGCCUUCCGCUCCCUGCAACUUGCCUAAUAAGUGUGCUCUUUCGUUCAAACAACCGGAUAGCAAUUUCACUGAUACAAGGUACAUGGAGACUUGCAGCGAGUGCCCUAACCAGUACCCGUGGCUAGGUGAUUCUGGUGGAUCCGGAAUACCCGGUAAGGAUAAUUAUAUACCCGAGAACCUUAAGAGGAAGUAGGAGACCUUUAGCAUAAUAGCCCUCUAUAAAUGUACCGACUAUAAUCUAUUCGGCAUAUUUGAAAUUUUACGUCACUUCCGGAACCCAAAGGGGUCCUCCCUCAUAACACAAACGUUAUGUGGACAAAGUUCUGGAAGCUUCGAAUAAUCACCUCAAAUUAAUUUAAAAUAUAUUUUGCGUAUACGAUCCCAUUAAAAUAUAUAAUAGGUAUUUUGAGAGGAACAGAAAUAUUGCUAUUAAAAUGAGGCUUGUGAACAGACAGAAUGAACAUUUGUGCGUUGGAUGUUUAUUCAUUAAACAUAAACUAGUAUUUUAAUUUGACGAAUACGGUCGUUUUCAUGUCGAUUUUUUUUAACAUAUUAGGUAUUUUAGACUAUUUUUUGUACAAUAAAUUGAAAUGUUGAAAAACAAACGAGCAUUGUCACAUCGCAUCAUCCAUUCCGAUAGAGGCACCCGUCACGUGCGGACGUGCCCAUCGACCACUCGAUCGCCCGGUCUUUGUUCGCCCGGCUUUUGUUAGCCCGGCCAUUGUUCGCGCGGCCUGUGUUCGUGGUACAUCUGCCGACCAAGUGUUUUUUCCUGGAAGUUUUUAUUUGUUUUGUUUCCUUUCGUUAUUUCUGUGUUCGUGGUACAUCUGCCGACAAACUGCUUUCCUGGAAGUGUUUAAUUGUUUUGUUUCUUUUUGUUAUUUCCGUUUUGUUGUGUUUUUUCUUUGUCCUGUAGUAAUCGUGCCGCAU